UUAAAGCUGACUUACGAAACGGAACAGUGAAAUAAUUUAAGAGAAAUUAACAAUUGAAGACGAAGAUGAAUAAAACGUCAGAAAUGGUAGAAACAUCAUGGCUAGAUCUAUGCUUUAUGGAGAAAAUCCUGCGAAAAUCGGAAAACGACGAUUCGAUUCAAGUUACCCAUAUAGUUUCGAAACCGGCUACAAGCAAGGGUGACAACUACACUAGCGACAUGAUUAGAAUUACUGCCGAAUAUUCACGUAACUCUAAGAUUAAAGAGAAAAAAUCCAUCAUUAUCAAACUCUCUCCUGUACACGGUGUCCGACAGAAGAUCGUUACACAAGCAGAUCUCUUUCACACAGAGAUGUCGAUGAUGUCCGAUACUUUGGAUAAAAUGAAUAAGUUGUUGGAGCCAAAGCACCGUUUGAGUGCGAAAAUUCUUUAUGCGCAAAAUGAAAAUCCAACGCUUCUAAUGAUCGAAGAUCUCGCAUCUCUCGGUUUUCAAAUGGCUGAUCGUUCAUCUGGUCUCGACUUAGAUCAUUCUCUAAUGGCAUAUCGCGGACUUGCCAGGUUUCAUGCAGCCUCCGUUGUCGUAUGUGAGAAGAAUCCUAAGCAAAAAGAGAUGUAUUCAAAAGGAAUGUUUUAUAAUCAGCACUCGUCAGAAAUGAAAUCUUUCUUCAAUAUGGGUUCCAAAGCUUUAGCAGAUGAGAUUGCAAACUGGCCUGAAGCGAAAAAAUACUCGGAAAAAGUUUCUAAACUUUCCGAUCACAUGUAUCAAAUAGGAAUAGAUGCACAUAUGCUCUGUGAAGACGAAUUUAAUGUUAUUAACCAUGGUGAUUGUCACAUGAAUAAUAUGUUAUUCAAAUAUGACAAUAAUGGCAAACCUACUGAUCAGAUUUUUGUAGACUUUCAAAUGUGUAUCUAUGCAUCGGCGGCACUCGAUUUUAUUUAUUUACUCAAUUCAAGUAUUUCCUUCGAUGUUACUGAACACAAGACAGAUAUUUUAUUAAACGAAUAUCUUCACACCUUAUCAACGACUAUGAAACAAUUGAAUUGCAAGACGCAGCCACCUACUAUGAAAGAACUGAAAGCUUCCAUAAAACGAAAAGCUAGCUAUGGAAUGAUGGCUUCUUUUACCAUUUUACCCUUCUUGCUAUGCUGCAAGUCUGAGGCAAAAAAUUUGGAUGAAGUACUGUGCAGUAGUACUUAUAUGAAUCCAGGUUUAAAGAGUGAGAUUUUUAAAGAAAUAUUGAUAAAAAGACUGCCACUAUACGACGAAUGGGGUUUGCUGGAUCUCUAAUGUAUACUUCACAGUGAUAGAAUAUUAAAGUUGAAAAAAAAUAGAAGUUUA